UAAUGCCAGAGAAUUGACUUCGGCGGCCCGAAGGCUAUCGGGCUUGACCCUUUGCAUCUGAUGUGCAGUGCUGGGUUGCAGGCUCGGGCGUUACGUUUACAAACCAACAGUUGGCGGAAAUCCAAAUCUUGUCCUCUUUCUCUCCGAUCAGUUCAUUCUCCAUUUGGGGGAGAGAAGAAGAAGAAGAAGAAGAAGAAGAAAUGAUUCUAAGCAGGUCUCGGAUACAGGCGAUCUUGUCUCUAUUCGUCAAUGUUCAUCCUCAUGAGAUCUCGGCUCUGUUCUACUCCUCGUCCUGUUUCUUCUUCAUUCUGAGUGCAUAUUUUGUGGUUCUUCCAUUACGCGAUGAAGGUGCGAUAUCUUUAGGUUUGGGUAAACUUCCGGGCCUUUUUGUGGGUUCCUUAGCCCUCACGCUGGUUGCCGCCCCUCUUUCCACCCUCAUCUUCUCCUUGCCAAAUCUCUCCAAAGCAAAGGCCUUGGUCUUGAUACACAGGUUUUUUAGUUUGUCUCUUGUUUUAUUCUUCAUCCUAUGGUAUUCUUCUUCACCUGGGCAUUCAGUCUCCAAGUUGAAGGGUUUGAUCUUCAAAUCAUCUACCAUAAAAGAAGAGCUAAAGCUAGAGGUUAAUCCAUCCAAUUCUGCAAAUUCUGUUGGCUGGGAGGACCAUGGAUGGUAUUAUGUGUCAGUGAGAAUUGGCUUGUUCCUUUGGGUCGCUUUGCUGAAUCUUAUUACCAUAUCUUCAACCUGGGCUAGAGUAAUUGAUGUGAUGGACAGUGAGUCAGGUUCAAGAUUAUUUGGAUUCAUUGGUGCUGGUGCAACACUUGGCCAGCUUUUUGGAUCGUUGUUUGCCACAGGAAUGGCUUGGAUGGGACCAUAUUUACUAUUAUUUGCUGCUCUAUUGAUGGAACUUGCUGCACAGUCGUCAAAAAGGAUCAAUGAGGAUAUGCCUUAUCCCUCUGAAGAGCUAUAUCCCAUCAGAAAAGCUGACCUGAAUCAACAUGAUGAGGUGGUCACUGAAGAAAGCUCACCUGCUCAUAAAGGAUCUUCUCCUAGAUCCACUCCCGCAGCAAAACCUCAGAUUUGGGCAAUAUUAGAUGGAAUUCAACUUAUUUUAUCCUCAACAUACUUGUUGUACGUGUCAUUAUUUCUGUGGCUGAAUGCUGUUGUCUCUUCAUUCUUUUAUUUUCAGAAAGUAACUGUGAUUGCCAUGACUGUUGAAAGCCCCAUUGGCAGAAGACGAUUGUUUGCGCAAAUCAAUAGUUUCAUUGCUACUUUCAUUCUUGCUGGACAACUUACUUUAACGGGGCGCAUACUUACAGUUGCUGGUGUUACUGUGGCAAUAUGUUCUGCCCCAUUUGUUUCUUUCCUAAAUUUGUUUGCUAUAGCUGUGUGGCCAACCUGGAUUGCAGUUGCUGUUUGUGAGACCUUGAGAAAGGUGGUUACUUAUGUUGUAACCAGACCUGGGAGAGAACUCCUUUUUACAGUUAUCACACGGGAGGAGAAAUACAAAGCCAAGGUAUGCAUUGAUGUAAUUGUUCAAAGGCUUGGUGAUGCCACAGCAGCAGGACUGUAUAAGCUCCUAUUCAGCACUCUCAAUGGGAAAACAUCAACUGUUUCUCUCUAUGCCUUGCCUGUCUGCAUGGUAUGGAUACUUACGGCAUUUCAUUUAGGACGCCGGCAAGCAGAACUGGCAAAGUUGCAGCUUGUCUCCACCUGAAAUUUAAUCUUGAUCCGGCCGAUCUAAUGUACAUCUUUUUCGUUUUUAGGCUUUAGUUGUUUCUGUUGUCACUUGAGGUUAUGUGGCCGUAUAUGACUUUUAACCUGAGGUACUUUUUUUCUUUUUUUGGAAAAGUUAGCUUCAGCUAGUCUACAAAGAACUGUGAUGUAGCAUUACUAAUUAUUUUAGAAAUAAAUAUGGCAGAGCAAUGAAAAAGAGCAACAAAACCCUUUUAACAUGUUCUCUGAAUGAAUUGCUCCUGAGCGUUUUCAUAACAGAGGUUUGAAAAGAGGUUCCAGCAAACUUGGAAAAUAACAGAAGUUAUUUCUCAUAUUAUUAAUUGCACUGGCCACAGUGCUUAGAUGUGCUUAGUACAGUUAUUCUCUUCUGAAAAUUAGGUUUGUAUGUUUAUAAUUGGAUGACAGUAGCAGCAUCUUGGAAGCCUUCAACUUUGAGCACGGUAACAUACCAUUGCUCUGGUCCUUAACAAGUUUGCAAAGCUUUCCCAGAUUCAUCACUCUACUGGAACCCUCGAUGAUGUUGAAACCUGUGCAAAAGAAAAAAAAAAAAAAGGGUGUAACUAUUUGUUUUUUUCACAUCAUCAG